UUAUUAUUAUUAUUAUUUUUUUAUUAAUAUGUGUUACAUUUGACGAUUUAAUCAAUGACAUUGUGUAUUCAUAUUGUGGCUGGACUGUCGGGUGUGGGCCAUGCAAAUUUCGGUCGUUUGCGGGAUUUACAAAACAUGUUUACAAUCAGCGCCAAAACCCAAUCUCUUCUCUCUUUAAUUAAUAUAAUUUAUGCAUUUCGCUAGCUGACCCCUUUUAUUCCAAUACAGAGUUUAAUCACUGAUCAGAUGGGCGUCUCACUGUUGAUUUACGAAUGCAAGAGGGGUGGAAUCUGAUUGGUAAAUGGAAGGGACACAUUUCGUAAUAGCCACUGCUGGCUCUACGAUCGAGCCACGAAAUUCCAGUCGUAUAUCACCUUUUCUAGUCCGCGUACUCCCUUACCCCAGGAAGAUACUUGAGUGGAAUUAUUACACUGAACGAUUUCGGCGAAUUCCUCUUGUUUUCUACACUGAUUUUGUGUGAAUUAUUACAUAAGCAGUAUAGUAAGUUUGUUUGUGUGUAUAUGUUUAUGGGGAUAUAACUGUUAAAACAGAUGUACACAUUAUGCGUGCACACAGCGUACAUAACGGUCUCUACCUUUCUACCUCCCUACACGAAAAUGUCUUGACCUCAGCCCUCAAUGUACAUAAACUGCAUUAAACAAACUCAGAUUGUGUACUUUCAGGUUCCUCCAGAGCAGUUUGAACAAGCUAUGGACGUAAUUCGUUCUUCAUCUUGCAUCUGUAGACAUUGCUAUGACAACGUUCCUUGCUGCGUAUUCUUCCUGGUUUGCCUGCUCCUCACGGGGCUCGUCAUCAUGCCAACCAUUGUCAUUCUGGUAAUGGUGUCACCAAUCCCGGCGCCUCCUGGAUUUCCUGUUUUCAUACUAAUGACAUCUCUACCUUGGAUUUUGUUCAUCACCAUAUAUUUCGCCCAGAGACUAGUGAGAAAAUCCCGACUCCAGAAGGCACUGCCAAAGGCUAACGAGAUCCUGCUGAAAUAUAAGGUCAUACUAGGAGCUAGUGUACAGAUGACCGGAUGUAGGCUCUUCAGGACGUGUAUUCGGUUCUGGUUUUAUGACGCGUCGGAAUGCAAGACAAUGUUGGCGGCUUUUCUGGAAGAGAGGCAUGGCGGGGCGGAUGCUGGUGCAUUUCAGGCCUGUGCGUCACGUCUCAUUCAACAGUACAGUGGUGAAUAUACUUCCUGUUAUCUGCAAGGGUAAGCUGAAGAUCAAACAGGGCGUCAGGCAUGUCGGCAAUGCCUCUUGUCUGUGUCAGUACAUUGAAGAGAAGUACUGUAAAGGACAGAUCUAUCCAUUUGACAGUGUCUGAUUAUCUGUCAGCGCAUCGAAGGACAGAUCCUUCCAUUUGACAGUGUCUGAUUAUCUGUCAGCGCAUCGAAGGACAGAUCCUUCCAUUUGACAGUGUCUGAUUAUCUGUCAGCGCAUCGAAGAGAAGAACUGUUAAGGGCAUUUCACUCCACGUGACGGUGCUUGAUAGUGUGUUAGCACAUUGAGGAGAAGUACUGUGAUGUCGUAUCCCUCCACGUGACGGUGCUUGAUAGUGUGUUAGUACAUUGAGGAGAAGUACUGUGAUGUCAUAUCUCUCUACGUGACGGUGCUUGAGUAUCUGUUAGUACAUUGAGGCGAAAUACAGUAAAGGGCAUAUUCCUCCACGUGAAAGUUGUUGGUUUUCUGUCUGUGCUUUGAGGAGAAGUAUUAUGAUGUCAUAUCCCUCCACGUGACGGUGCUUGAGUAUCUGUUAGUACAUUGAGGACUCCGAGAAAUACUGUGAAGUCAUAUCUCUCUACGUGACGGUGCUUGAGUAUCUGUUAGUACAUUGAGGACUCCGAGAAAUACUGUGAAGUCAUAUCUCUCUACGUGACGGUGCUUGAGUAUCUGUUAGUACAUUGAGGACUCCGAGAAAUACUGUGAAGUCAUAUCUCUCUACGUGACGGUGCUUGAGUAUCUGUUAGUACAUUGAGGAGACAUACUGUGAUGUCAUAUCUCUCUACGUGACGGUGCUUGAGUAUCUGUUAGUACAUUGAGGAGAAGUACUGUGAUGUCAAAUCCCUCUACGUGACGGUGCUUGAUUGUCUGUUAGCACAUUGAGGCGAAAUACAGUAAAGGGCAUAUCCCUC